AUGACCGACGCGAACGAACCGGCUGGCGUCGACGCCAGUGGACUGCGCGAGAGGCUUCCCAACAAGCCUGAGGCGCCGCAAAAAGCACUGUCCGUUGAGACUGCCCAGCAGGCUGUGAGGGCACUGAAUGAACAAGAGCAGGCCGAGGGCAAAGACGAAAAAGACCGCAAGACAUAUGGGCGGACUCUGGACGGCACGGAGGAUAUGGUUUCACAGCUCUUCGACCCAACGCAGCCAAAGAACCUGUCCGACAUUGCCAUUGUCGGCGCCUUGGGAGGCCAGGCCCUCCUCAUGUACCUCCUGCCAAAGCAACUCCGAGUCCCCGUUUUUGCCAUUGUCUUCCUUUGGUGGCGCUUCUGCUACAAUUUUGGCAUCGGAUGGCUCCUCCAUAACCAGUCCCACCACAAGCGCCUCGUGAACUGGGCCAAGAAGACGCACAUAUUCGAAAAUCCCACAAGCGGCAAAAACUCUCACCCCAUCCUCUACAAAUUCAUCAAGCGAGAAAUGGAAGCCAAGAUCCCCAAAGACUACAAGUUCGAGGAUGCCCCCAUCGAGUACAACACGUGGCUCGUCUUUCGCCGUGUUGUAGAUCUCAUCCUGAUGUCUGACUUCACCGCAUUCGUCUUGUUCGCAUUCGCUUGCGGCGGCCGUCCAGAGCAUGAGAAGCUGCCCAUGACCAUCGCCCGCUGGGUUGGUGGCUGGGCUCUUGUCUUCUUCAACUUGUGGGUGAAGCUCGAUGCUCACAGAGUUGUCAAGGACUUUGCCUGGUACUGGGGUGAUUUCUUCUACUUGAUUGACCAGGACUUGACCUUCGAUGGCGUCUUCGAGCUUGCUCCUCAUCCCAUGUACUCGAUCGGCUAUGUGGGAUUCUAUGGUAUUGCCAUGAUGGCCGCAAGUUACAAGGUGCUGUUCAUUUCGAUUAUCGGUCACGCUGCACAGCUCGCUUUCCUUGCGUUUGUGGAAUCGCCGCACAUCGAGAGGACUUACAAUGCACCACCACCGCCCAAGCGAUCAGACGAAGUGCCAGAUUCCCCACCAAAGCGACCACAGUACACGACCCGUAUGUUGAGUGCCGGACAUGUCAAUGGAUACCCUCCACUCGCUUCCAGUAGCCAGCCAUCACCGGUCCACAACCUCAUCGGGCUCCAGAACAUCGACUUCCACCGUGUCACUGAUGUCUCAGUCAUUCUCCUGCAGAUCUAUAUGUACACUGUGGCGUUCCUCACCCCAUCGACCUGGCGGUGGCAGGCCUUCUUUGUGCUCAGUGCAACACUGUGGCGGCUCUGGUACUCCAUUGGUAUCGGCGUCAUCCUGGACCGACAGUCGAACAAGAAGUCAUGGACUCGCCACUUCGUCAAGUUUGGUGAGAGCACCGAAGAGGCUUGGCGCCAGUGGAAGGGAAUCUACCAUGUCAGCAUGAUCAUGUGCUACACCAGCUUCAUCUGUGCUGCCUGGAAGAUGUACGGCCUCCCAGAAGACUGGACAUACGGUAUGGCUAUCUUGCGCCAUGUCGCUGGCUUUGGCUUGAUCGCACUCCAGAUCUGGACCAUUGCCAGUAUCUACGAGUCACUCGGCGAAUUCGGCUGGUUCUUUGGUGACUUCUUCUUCGACCAGGAGCACCCAGAGCUUACCUAUGGAGGUAUUUAUCGUUUCCUGAACAACCCCGAGAGAACCAUUGGUUUGGCCGGUGUUUGGGGUGCCGCGAUUAUGACCUGGAGCAAGGCAAUCUUCUUCCUGGCGCUUCUCAGCCACACACUUACGCUGUGCUUCAUUCAGUUCGUUGAGAAGCCGCAUAUGCAGAAACUGUAUCGCCAAGGCCUUCGUCAACAAUCUGGAGUUUCGAAGAGCAUCAAGCGUUCGUUGCCGUCACCACUCCAGAAGUGGACAGGAAGCGUCGACCACAUGCUCGAUCAGACUCUGGACAACCUCGAAGACUUCAUCGACCAGGCUGGCCCCAAGCUCGCCGCUGGAUUCAACACUUUUGUGCAAGAUUCGACCACGAUGUUCAGACAGUUUCCGGCCAGAGUCAGCAUCUCCCGCGUUGCUCCAGACCUGGCAGGAUACAACCCAAAGGACUAUUCUCUCGAAAUCGAUGCUGCUUCCAGCGGCCUUAAAUUUGGCGAGGCUUCGGAGAGCGGUCGUGAAGGCGAAAACGGUCAGCUGCCUCUCAAGCGCGCGGACAGCUUCGAACGUGUGGUUGUAGAAUACGGCUCGCCGAUCAAGGUCAAGUGGACCGCUCCUCUACACCAUAGCAAGAAGGACUGGAUUGGUCUCUACCGCGUGGGUGAUAACCAGUCCAGAGAAGUGACCAAGGUCGGAACCAAUGGCCGUUGGGUUGCCACAAAUCCAGGCGCUUUCGAUUACAGCAAAGCCGACAAGGGCAUUUUUGUCGCUGAUCAAAGAGUAUCUGCUGCAAAGCGCAAAGAUGGCGAAGAGAAGGACUUCCUGUACGGCGAAAUCGAGUUCUCUGGCGACAAGCUUUGGUGGACACAAGGCGUCUUCGAAUUCCGGUACCACCACGACGGCAAAUACAACGUCAUGGCAAUCUCCCUCCCAUUCGAGAUCAAGAUCAACCGCUUCGAUGAGGAAGACUUUGAGAACAAUGGCCAGAUUCGCAACGCCGUCGAACAGGCACUUCUCCCUGUCGUCCAGAACUGCUUCGACCGCGAUCCAGAUGUCGCCCCUCGCAGCGUCGACGAGACGUUUGGGCCAACCCUAGAAAGAGAAGGCAAAUACGCCAAGAGAGUCGUCUACGCCGUCAAGCAAAUGUUUGGCAUCGAGUUUGCGCCAGAGGUCGUACAAGCCGAUGGCAACGUGCGGAACCUCGGAUGGCGGAUUUGCAAUGCGAAGAAAGUCCUCGCGCCUUACAGCAUGUCCAAUUCGAAGGGCGAUACAACUCCGCAGUGA